GUCACUGUUUUAUUUAAAAUUAAUAAAUAAAAAAUAAUUAAAAUAUGAGAUGAAAUUGUGAGAUAGAAAGGAGAAAACAAGUAUGGAUUAAAACCGGUGCAUUGCUUUCAUUUACGUUGUAAUAAAUUGAUUAGUUUUUAUUUUAUGAAAACCUAACCUCACUUGGCCAAAGAAGGGGGCAAAAUAAGUCGAUUUUGUUUUUAAUGAAUAUUAAUGUGAGAAAGUGGUUUCAAACGCACAAAAUGUGAAAUUCGGACGUUUUUGGGCGAAUUACGUUUGCGCAAGACGCUGGAAUAAUUAAUCCCUUUUAUCAGGAAAAUGUAAGCUCAAGCAUGUCAGCAAGGAAUAUUUGGGUGUUUUGUGGCAUUAUUGUAACGAUUGCGAUAUAUUGGCCCACAAGACACGCUCGACAUUAUGAUUACAUUGAUCUCAAAGAUGUGUACAAAGAAUUACAAUUUACACAAAAAAUAUCACAUUUAAGAAACUGCAAUUACAAAGAAGUGAUUUUGAAUAACACUGAUGUGGAAAUUGGUGAAGCUAAGAGUUAUUUUACACCCGAGCAUGGUGGUGUGUAUAAGCCCAAACACUGUAAUCCUUUAAUAAAAGUUGCUGUGAUAGUCCCUUACAGAAAUAGAACAUUACAGUUAGAAACGUUCCUAAAUUACAUGCACAAUUUUCUACAAAAACAAUAUUUAUUUUACAGAAUUUUUAUUGUGGAUCAAGUGGACAAUUUAGCGUUUAAUCGAGCAAAAAUGCUCAAUUUUGGGGCUAAAGUCGCAAUUGAUAUGGAUUUUCCUUGCCUUAUUUUACAUGACGUUGAUCUUCUGCCACUAAACAGUGGGAAUAUUUAUGGGUGUGUGAGCAAACCAAGACACAUGUCUAGUAGUGUGGAUACUUUUAGAUUUAAUUUACCGUAUUUGACACUAUUUGGCGGAGUUGUGGCAAUUUCGUCGCAACAUUUCCAGAAAAUCAAUGGUUUGUCCAAUCAUUUCUACGGCUGGGGUGGAGAAGAUGACGAUUUUUACAAGCGACUUAACGUUAAUGAUUUGUCACCCUGUCGUUUUACCCCUGUUUUAAGUAGGUACACGAUGUUGUUUCAUAAAAAGGAAAAAGCUAGUCCAAACAGAUAUGAUAUAAUGGAAAAAUCUGCGGUGUUACACAAGUCAGAUGGAUUAUCAACUUUACCUUCAAAUUAUUCAAUCAAAAUGGAAAAAUUGUACACAUUAAUUUUAGCAUCGUAAUUUUUUUUAUUUUAUACAAAAACUCCUAUUAUGUCUGUGAAAUUGUAGUCAGAAGUAUUAUAAAUAAAGUCAUGCAAC